AUGGAAUAUCAACAAGUGAAAACAAAUCGAGUAGUCUAAACUACUACAACAUCUGUUAAGAGUAAUGGCUAGACUUUAUCUACUAAAAUAGACAUUGUUAACAAUGGAGAACAAGAUCGAAGAAUUCAAAAUAUUUCAAAAUAAAUGCAAAUAUUUCUAAUGGCUAUAGAACUAGAAAGACUUUCUGAUUAAAAUUAUAAGCUAACUUAAAGAUUAAAAAAUAUGGAAGAUCAUCAAUUUAAUACUAUGAAUUUGGAAUAAUAGAUUAUUGAUUUAAAGUAAAAAAUGAAUUUACUUGAUCAAUAAUAUUAAACAGUUUUAAUUUAGAAAGAAGAAAUCUAGUAUAAUUAUGAAGAAAUCAUUAAAUUUUAAGAAAAGAAUGAAGAUAAUCAGAUUAUACUUAAAAAUGAAAUUGAAAAACUAAGAGUUAAAUUAAGAGACUUUGAGGAAUAAAAAUAAAAUGAGAUCUCUGCUAUUAUUAAACAGAAAGAUCUUGAAGCACAAAAAUUAUUGGUAUUGAGAUUUUUCAUAUCUAAUAGUAAAAACAUUAAUAAGAAAAUGAUUUCAAUUGGUAAUAAUAAAUGGAAUACACUAAUAAAGAAUUAUAAAAAUUUAAGGAAUUACAUUACUAAAUUAAAAAAGAGAACACUGAGUUGAAAACUUUAUUACAAUAAUAAGAUCUAUCUAAAAAUAGAGAAUUAGAAUUAACAAUAAUAUAAUAUAAAAAUGAUAUUGAUAGGCUAAAUUAAAAUUUAAAUAAAUAUUAAAUAGAAAAUUAACAUUUAAAAGAAAGAAUUUAUAACGUUGACUAAAUCUAAUAAGAACUUGAAAAGUUAUCAUCAGAAAACUUAGAACUUAAUGAGAAUUUGUAAUAUUUAUAAAAUGAAAAUUAAGAAAAAAAAAUAGAAUGUGAAGCAUUUUAAGAAGAACUUGAAAAAUUAAGGUAUGGUUUAUCUUUGAAAACUUAAGAACUUGAUGAAUAUAGAGUGAAAAACACAAAAUUUGAAAAAACUCAAAUGGAUUUUUAAAGGAACAAAAAAUCACUUGAUGAAAAAUUUACAAUCAUGCAAUAAGAAAUAGAUAGAUUGUAGUUAAUAAUCAGAUAAAAAUCAUCUGAAAUAGAGAAUAUUUAGAAAAAAAUUCAUGAUAAUUCAGCUGAGAAAUAAAGAUUAAUAGAAUUAGAAUAUUUAUAAAAAUUAAAUGAUAAAAAAAAUAUGGAUUUAGAUAAAAGAAAUCAAGAAUUAAAUUAAAGAUUAAUUGAUUAAACUAAAAAGACAUCAGAAUUUGAAAAAUAUAAUAAUGAUUUGACAAAAUAAAAUAAUGAUUUGACAAAAUAAAAUAAUGAUUUAACAAAAUAAAAUAAUGAUUUGGCAAAAUAAACUAAUGAUUUGACAAAAUAAAAUAAUGAUUUGGCAAAAUAAAAUAAUGAUUUGACAUUCUAAUAUAAUAAAGUAUAAGAGAAAUGUGAUGGUUUUGAAGUGAGAUAUAAUAAUCUUUUGUUAGAAAUAGAUAAAAUAAAUAAAUAGUUUGCUUUAAAGUAAUUUUUCUAUCAUUAUUAAAAGAACGCAAGAAAAUGAAGCUAUGAAUAAAUAAAUUAUAGAUAGUAAAAUAAAAUUGGCUAAUUAUGAUAGUUAACUUUAAGAGCUUUAUGAUUAAAUUAGUAUUUUGGAGUAGGAUAUUGAAAAAUUAAAAAAAUAUGAAGAAAAUGUAAGUAUAAAUUGAUUUUUAGUGUAGAGUAUUAUCAUAUGAAAUUGAUAGGUUGAAUAAUGUAAUUGGUUAAUAAGAGAAUGAACUUAAAAAUUGGAGACUUUAAUAUUCAAAUGAAGGAUCCCUUAACAAAAGGAUAGUUGAAUUAUUAUCAAUAAUGUUUGUACUAAUGAUAGAAAUAGAAAGUUUAAGAAAUUCUAUAAUUAAAAAAGACAAGUAAAUUGAAGACUUAAGAAAUUAAAAUUUAGCCUAAUUUAAAGAAAAAAAUAAAUGA